GGCCGGCAGAUGAAGAUGGCAAUGUCUGUGAUACAAGCGUGCCGCAGCCUGGCGCUCUCAACAUGGCUGCUGUCCUUUUGUUUCGUGCAUCUGCUGUGCCUGGACUUCACCGUGGCCGAGAAGGAGGAGUGGUACACGGCCUUCGUCAACAUCACCUACGCCGACCCGGCGGGCGGCGGCGCCGAGCUCCGCAGCGAGAAGAGCGAGUGCGGGCGGUACGGCGAGCAGUCGCCCAAGCAGGACGCCCGCGGGCAGGUGGCCGUCUCCGCCUCGCCCGCGGACCGCUUCGCCUGCGACCCCGGCACCCGCUUCAACGCCCCGGCGCCGGGCAAGAGCUGGGUGGCCCUGAUCCCGCGGGGAAACUGCACCUACAAGGACAAGAUCCGCCACGCCGCCGCCCAGAACGCCUCCGCCGUCGUCAUCUACAACAUGGGCUCCAGCAACGCCAACGAGACCAUCACCAUGCCCCACGCAGGUUUAGAAGAUGUUGUAGCAAUAAUGAUUCCUGAACCCAAAGGAAAAGAGAUAGUGAGCCUCCUGGAGAAGAACAUUACUGUGAUGAUGUACAUAACCAUCGGGACGCGCAACCUGCAGAAGUACGUCAGCCGGACCUCUGUGGUGUUCGUCUCCAUCUCUUUCAUUGUGCUGAUGAUCAUCUCGCUGGCGUGGCUGGUCUUCUAUUACAUCCAGAGAUUCCGCUACGCAAAUGCCAGAGACCGAAAUCAGCGCCGGCUUGGAGAUGCUGCAAAGAAAGCAAUCAGCAAGCUGCAAGUCAGAACGAUCAGGAAAGGUGACAAGGAAACUGAGCCAGACUUUGAUAACUGUGCUGUUUGUAUUGAAGGCUACAAGCCCAAUGAUGUUGUCAGGAUAUUGCCUUGCAGGCAUCUUUUCCACAAGUCCUGUGUGGAUCCCUGGCUGCUAGACCAUCGUACCUGCCCGAUGUGUAAAAUGAAUAUUCUAAAAGCUCUAGGGAUUCCGCCAAAUGCAGAUUGCAUGGAUGAUAUACCUCCGGAUUUGGAAGCAUCCAUAGGAGGACCACCAACCAACCAGAUAACGGGAGCCAGUGACAUAACAGUGAACGAGAGCUCUGUAGCCCUGGAUCCCCCAGCACGGACUGUGGGAGUACUACAGGUCAUCCAAGACGUAGACUCCUUUCCCCAGGCUGGGGAGGCUAACUUCACAACAAGCAAUGAACAGGAGCCAGCAGUCAGCAGUGAUUCAGAUAUUUCAUUGAUUAUGGCAAUGGAGGUUGGACUGUCCGAUGUGGAGCUUUCCACUGAUCAAGACUGCGAAGAGGUGAAAUCUUGAAAAACAAACAGAGAUCCAACACCAAACUACAGGGGAGGGUCACGGGGAGGGACCGAGUCAGCUUUCUAGGAUUUGGACCAGUCAUGCACAUGCCUCCAGAGCACUGUCACUCCUGCACACUCCAUUCUGAGAUGGUCACGAAAAGCAAUAGCAACAGUUGUGUCUGCCUGGAUGCGGUUUCAUCAUCUACAUACCCUCGUUUGGUUCACACGGGAGAUGAACGCUUCCAGUUUACCCACGUGCUUGAGAGCAGUCAUGGAACUCUUCAGUGGCUCGUAAAUACGCAACUGAAAUGACAGCUUGAGUGUUUUCUACACUUGUUCAAUUGAGUUUUUGUUGGGUUUUUUUGAAAAGACAUAUGUUCUGUUUGUUCGUUUGUUUGUUUAUAGUUUGUUAUGGAUAGGCACUCUCUUCGUGUUGACUGACCCCAGCUUUUUCAAGAGUUCAGUCCAGAAAUCUGAAUUCCCAUUUGCAGGUCACUUCAUAAUCUGACCAGGAUUUAUCAUUGCCUUGUUGUUUCUGCAUGAAGGUACGCAUGGCUUCACAAGGAUGGUGCACCUGCACCCUGCAUUAAUGUGAAGCCUGCUUUCAUGAAGUGGAAGGCUUGGAAAUGGUGUAUUCUGAAGGUCUUUAUUUGUAAGAGAGCUCUGAAUUAACAGAGAUUGCUGAGAUUUGAGUUAAAACUGCAUUAUGUUGUCUUUUACAUAGAGCUCUGUCCUAGAGAAGUAUCGUACAACUUAAAGGAGAGAAAGAAAAGCUCAAAGCGUCAAUCCGUCCGUGCAGUCCUGUGCUAUAUUUUAUGCUAUUAGCAGCUGUCAGUACAUUAGUGGCCUUCCUUCAAGUCAAUUCAGUAGCUGGAAAAAAAAGAUCUGGUCUAACAUCAUGUCUUUUCUUAGUUUUACAGACCAAAGUCAAAUCACUGAGCUAAAGGAGUGUCUGGGGGGUUUCCAGAGGCUGCUCAUUAACAGCUCUGCAUUACGCGGGUGACAAUAUUCUUACAAAGGGUCUGGAGAUGCUGCUGUCAGUGUCAGAAAUUGCUAAUGAAGCAAGAGGCAGCUGGCUGAAAUGUUUAACUCCUGGUUUGUUUUGGGUCUUUUUCCUUAGUGCAUUUCACUUCCUACGUUUUGACAGCAGGUUUUGUCUGCUUGUUAUCCAGCACAAGAGUUCAGGUGGUCUGUUGCCCUCCAGAGUCAACACUGUUGGAAGCAUACUGGAGUACUUGCAAUUUCUGUAUAGGUAGAUAUACCAAAAUAUUUUGGGAAGGGACUUUGGGGAGGGAAUUUGAAAAUGAAAAGAACUAACAUAAGUCAAAACACCUAAAUAAUAACAACCUGACAUAAUCAUUUAGUUCAUCCUGAGCUCUUCUUUCCAGGUAAAAGCUUAUUGUUACUUGUUCAGUGCAUGAUCUGGUUUUUCAGUCGAAAUACUCAACUGUGGAGAAGCAUUUUUGGCUUACUGUUACACAAGAGUACAGGGUUUCUGCUGAGAGUCAAAUGAUUUGAAUCACAUUACUGCCUCCUGACUAAGUCCACAAAAUCAACAAUUCAUCUUACAUCGAAAUUCCAUGGAGGUCAAACAUUUUGACUUGAUGGUGUCAUGGCAGCAUCUCAAAAUGCAACUCUUGGGACUCUUGCUGCAUUUAAUCUCCUUGUGGAUUUACUUGUUAGAUGGGGAAACCAACUUCCAGCAAAGAUUUGUGUUUGUCAGAUCUUCAGGAACAAAUGUGUUUAGAACUAUCCCUAAAAUUUUAGUUGACUUGCUUCUUUAGUACAGGAAGAAGGAAAAAUUAUUCUCCAUCAUUUUUGGUCCAUUUAGAACUCAGUUCAUUUUAUAGCUUAAUUACUGCCAGGUAAUCUUGAGGCAAAGGCUUAAACUGAAAUAGGCCAGGUUUAGAUUAGCUGUUAGGAAUAAAUUAUUACUGUGAGGGUGGUGAGGCACUAGAACAGAUUGCUGAGAGAAGCUGUGGAUGCCCCAUGCUUGGAACAGUGCAAGGCCAGACUGAAUGGAGCUUUGAGCAACCUGGUCUGGCAAGGGAGUUGGAACAAGAUGAUCUUUAAAGUCCCUUCCAACCCAAACUGUUCUGUGAUUCUUUGAAAAAGAUCCAGAAAUGUGCUGUUACAUCUUUAGAAGCCAUAUGAAUGAAAAUCUCUUCUCAGUUGAAGACAUACAGGCAGCUGGAAAUCUUCUUGGUUAAAAAAGAAAGUUAGAGAUCAUUCCGGAAGGUGCAGCUAGGUCAGUCUUGACAAUAUUUGUGGUUGUGUAAUCUUAUUUUCUUUAUUCUUUAAUGUCUUUUCUAUUCCUUGCUUCGGUGGAAAAGACCUGACGCAUCAAUGCUGAUAUUGACCCCUACACAAGAGAGUUUGCACAAGGUACUGCAUCAGCUCCGCUUAAGGCUCUGGAAAUAAUGCUGAAAUGGGAUUUAAGUGGUGCUUACACCAAAUACUGACACAGGAAUGAAAUUCAUCUCAAAUGACUGCAGGGGAAGGAGUGAAGCUGCUUAUACGCAGUCAGGGCUCCCUAUAGAAAGUACAAGCACUGGUACAAUUUCUUCUCCAGCGCUGGAGCCUGGGUGCUACAUGUCACAGGAACAUCACGAACACGAUGUCCGAGUUGUCAGUAAUCCUUUCACAUACACCCACUGUAGCUCAGCACACAGACGAAAAGCUCCUGGCCAAACUGUUUGGGUUUCACAGGAGCUGUUGCAAAGUCUUAACUUAACUCUAAACUGAGUUAAGUUAAUCUCAAUGGAUAGAUUGACCAAUUAGCUGUUGCCAUAGCGGAGCCACCCACAGCACAGCAGAGGAAAAAGAGGUCUGUGGAAAAGCAAGGCAGGAGGUGAAACUCCUCCCAGCUGAUAGCAAGCAGUGUCCUUUGUGCAGCAAAAUCAUAAAAGGGAGCUUGUGCUCAAAGAGGCAUCACAGAGAUGGUUACUGAGACCCUGCCCAUAUUUCUGGGAGUUAAUGAAGGAUUUUCUAGAGGAUUCACGCUGUGCACGCUCUUUUCCUAAGUAUCCCGUACUAGAUCUGGUCUCUCAGCAUCCACGGGUGGCCACUGGCAGAGGCAGGGUGUCAGGCUGGGUGAGGUCUUUUGACAUAUCGCCAUAUACUGUGGUCUUUCAGGAGAAACAUCCCAACAAAUCUGGGUCAGGAGUCUUUCUGCUUUUGUUUUUUAAGUUCUGCCUGCAGUGUCACUCAGGGAAGAUGUCUUUCUGUCCCUGUCCUCAAGUGUUCUGCAGCUCUGAGCACUGUUAAGUGAUAAUGAGUGCAAAGCCAGGUUACACAUCACUGAAGCCUGAACUUAGGAAAGCACUUAAGUAAAUGUUCUAUUCCGUCCUUCUAUAAAAAAGCACUUGUGACUAAUUUUGGACUUGUACCAAAAUCACAUUAUUUUCAGCAGGUCUUCUUUGAGCAUAAUUAAGCCCCUGUGUCAAAUGGAAACAUUCUCCUAAAGCAGGACCUGGCUGACAAUAUUCUUUGUACCUAUAAACUGUGAACUGCCUUGGGAAUUCGAGGUGCUUUAUAAAUAUUAAGACCUCCCCUGGUGUAUGUUAGUAACAUGUUUGAAGGCCUUAAUUCUGCAUAUCUGCAUGCCCAUGCACAUUUUCGCUUACAUGAGUGUCUCCACUGAGAUUCCUCACAGGGUAAAAUUAAACCUCCAGAUUUGCAGCUUUGGACAUGGUUAGUCCCAUCCUGAGCAUUGUGUGAGUCCUCGGUACUGCUGCCUGCUAAGCUUGGGCUUUAAAUACGUGGGAUUCGGAUGCCUGGGACACGGCACUGUCUGGUCAGAAGGGAAAGCAGCCUUUAGAAGGCAGCAAGGAAAAAACAAAAUCCUCUGGUGCCCUCUGACAGAACAAGUGCUCACAGAUAUAAUUCUGCAGGGCUGGCACCAUGACUGGGGCGGGGGGGGGGCACCUCCUGCACAGGGCCAGUGGGCAGGGGACUGUGUGGCUCUCAGGGAAAGGCACUCUUGUCAUUAAGCUGAUCCUGUGUCUCUCCCAGCAAUUCCUGUCCUGUCAUCUGAGGCUUUUUUCUCUUCUUUAUCAUGAGCGAGUGGUAGGGGGGAGAAGACUUUGCCUUAGUGAGGCUCAUCAUCCCUCGGGCUGGGUUGCAGGAUGAAACUUGGUCAGAUAGAUUUGGGUUUUCUUGGGUUGCACUAAGCUGCCUUCCCAAAGGUCUGUUGAAUAGGUAGGAUGCAUAAAAAGUUAUAUGGGCAGAAUUUUGCACUCACAAACAACGUAACAUGUGCAUGCAGAUGUGCAAGGCACCAGGUCUACAUCCCCUCCCCACAGCUGAUCGAUUGUGAUGGGGAUACAGAUCUGGCACUUGCUGAGGGUUUGGGGUUGUUUUAUUCUCUGACUGCUUUAGAGCCUCAAAAUCAGGAUCACAACAAUCACAGGACUGCAGUUCAUUAAGCACUCUAUAGAAUUAAAUUGCCAUGUGUGCAUAUAAAAGUGCAUUGAUAUGGGUAUGGAAACUGUAGUGUAGUGAAAACAGAAGCAGCUGUCAUUUUCAGACCUUGUAUUUGAGGGAGAUUGUGGCACUAAAGAAAAGGGUCUAUAGAGGCAAUUUGGAAAUAUAAAUUAUUGAAAUCACAUGUGUUAAGUGGUCCCUUGGAUCUCACUAAUGACCUCUGGAUCAAAUCCCGAGGAAGUCAUUGCAAGAAGGGCAUUGCUGUUGGGGUGCAUCCGUUUUGCCGGACUAAAAUGGCAGAGAAGUCCAGCCAGUUCCUUCCCAGCCCCUCUCACAAGUGUUUGCCCCAGCAUGAGCCUGUGUUGCAGGGGAAGGAGAACGUGGGAUCAAACUGGCACGGUGCUGCUUCCUCUUUUUGUGUUUUGUGCUGCCGGAAUCUCUUGCAGCAGAUCAGAGGAGGGAAAGGAGCCGGCCCAAGUUCAGCUCCAGGGCUUAAAAAAAGGCAGGCCACGGGCUUUCAGCACGUUCAGGGCAGCCAAGCUUCUUUAUGGCCAGCGCUGACCGGGAGCACGGCUUUGUUGAGGAACACUGAGCCCAUAUGGACUCCUCUGUUUUAUAGAUGCAAAAUGUGAGAGUGUGUGUGCGUGACAGCAGUGACUCAGCUUGGUUAGCACAAGCAGCAAAACACAUUGUCACGAAAUAUCUUAGGGGUGAGGGAAAAUGAGGUUGGAGGUGUUGUUUUCACUGACUUUUUAAAUAGGGACAAUUGCUCCAAAACAAGCACUUCUUUUAAUUUCCCAAGCCGUUACCUGAACUAAUUGAUAGCUUUCGCAGAAAGAGGAAUGCCAGAUGGACUUUUUAGUUGGGAUUUGUUUGUGGAGCAGAUGGCAGCUGCAGGCUGGGGCAGCGAGGGAGGGCGAGGGCAAAGGCUGCCCCUCUGCCGCGCCGCUCCCCCCGCUGGGCUGGACACCCGCUUGGUCCCUUUAUCUUUCCAUUUCUUUUUCAAGGGAAAAAACCCUUCUGAGCAGGAGCUGUAUUUCAAAGGGAGAAAUAGAGAAGAAAGAUGAAUGAAAUAUGUUGUGGAUUUUGAAUGAAAAGCCGACGGAUUAAUUUUCCAUCUGAAAUUAAUCUUGUUUCUCUCAAGUAUUUUAAUUGUGAAUUGGUGGAAGUUAUUUCUUUCUGUAGGGAAUGGAAAAGAAGUAAGGACGGGGGGAAAAAAGGAGAAACAGCAUUUUCAGCAUUUUCCCUUUCUGGUUUAUUUCCUGAUUCUUCGGUUCUGUGUAGCAUUAAAAACAAUAGCCAGAUCAAGAUGCUUGUUUGCUCUGAAUGUAUACAGUUAUUUCAGAUGUCGACUAUCUAAAUGUUUUUUAUGUGUAUGUAAUGCCAUCCUCACUUCUUGUUUCAUGUUAUGAACCUGAAAUGACUGUACCAUUUUAUAAUUAGAAAUGUAAAGAGGGGAUAGUGGGUGGGAGGGUCUGUUAUUUUUAUACCAAGAUGUUCCUUGUAUUUAGUGAACAUUUAAAAUGGUUUUGUACUUGUCAAAAUAUACAUUCCAUCCAUUUCCAGAAGAGGAUUAUUUCUAUUUAGAGUAGUUUAUAAGCAAACCAAAAAAAUGUGGCAUCCCACUUGUAUGCAGUUAAGAACAGAGCAGCAGUAUCCUGGUUUUCAGUGAUGGCUACAAAGCUUUUUCCAGCCGUGUCUCUCUUCACACGCAGCAGAGCUGUACCAGCAAAUGCCAAUGUUAUAAAGGGAAGAAAAAUCCCAAAUGAAAUAAACACCAUAUGGAUCAGUGCACAGCUUACUGAAAUAAUUUCCAGUUCGGAGACAAUGGUCCGUCCCAGAGAAAUUCUCUAAAGUAAUCAGUCCUGCUCUGGACAGCAGGAGCGGAUUUACUGGGAGGCUUCAUCCCCCUUUCUCUGCCUAGCAGGGCCACCAGCCCCAGCAAGCCAGGGGGACAACAGGGUUGUCACGAUACAAUGUUGUCACACUCCGCGGCGGCUCCCUAGGAUGGGAGCUGGUGUUUGACUGAAGUUGUGCUGGUGAGGCAGUCGCUUUCUGCAGGCUGAUCACACUGGGUUUCUUUGGACUGUGGAAAUGACCCUUCAUCUCCACAUUAAAGAAAAAAAAAAAAAAAACAACUUCCUUUGUCCAGACAGCUGCACUUUGGUUUGGGAAACACCUACCAAAAGGCCAUGGCAAAGUCACACAGUGGCGUUUGCAUGGGCCAUUCUUUUUCUUGUAGUUGGCUUUUUUUUCCCACUCCUAUCCCUCUGCUACCUGUGACUUGCUGCCAAAACUGUGCAGUAGCAGUUUGUGAAGCAUUUUUUUGCCUUUUUUUUCCCUUAGCAUUACUUUCUGUACAGUCUUGCAAAUAUACUUGCAACUCUUCACUGAUAUUUUAUAAUGUGUACAUCUUCCUCUCCAAUGCACUUUAUCUCUCUUGAAAAAUGUGGGAGUCAGAGAACUACCAUCUUAAAGGGACUUGCCUGAAAUCAUGAGACACACACUUUAUUUUUUUGUUUCCUUCUUGCUUUGUUAGAUACUGUAAAUGCUAAAGAGCAUGGACAGUGACUCAGCUGGGGGAAGUACCGAAAUGUUGAGGCUAAUACUUGGAAGCAUUAUUCAGUAGUACAACAUGGCUAUUUUUGUUAUAUAGAGGAUUAUAAGGUAAAUAUGUGAGACUGUGUUAUUAUGUACUAGUAAACUAUUGCAACUCUCAAAGUUAAGAUGGUGAAUUCCAAGGAAUUUUAUUGCAAGUUUUUUAAUAAAAUGAUUCUGAUUACUGUGUCGUACGUAUUUUCUAA